UUUUGUACAGGACACUUAAGCCAGGACAACUCCCUAGAGAUAGUGCAUUGAUAAAGGAUAAGCAAAGGAAACAAUUGCCUUAAGGGUCCCAGCAGACUCAUCUAGAUAUCCUUCCUCUGGAAUACUAGUUAAAACUCACCAAAGACUAACAUUACUUUUCCUAUGCUGUUCUUAAAAAGCUUGAAGAUAGAAAAUAGAAGAAUCUGGGACCGGGUGGUGGUGCACCUGGUUGAACGCACAUGAUACAGUGUGCAAGGACCCAGAGGCUUCCAUUGACUGCAGUGGUUCUCCAAGUGGAGGAUCUGUCCGUCUACCUGCAUCAUCUGGAGGACUUACUGAAACAGAUGAUGACUGAAUCUCAAUCCCAGAAUUGGAUUUGGAAGCACUCUGUUCAGCCCUGACUUCUGCUGAGACUAGGGUUUGAACUUGGAACCUUCGGUGCCACAGACACGAAGAUUGCCAAAAUGCUACGGAGUUUUUAAGUGACUUUUAAGAAAAGUCCAAAAUAGACUUCAAACUGUAAAAAACAGAAGCUGCAGCAAGGGGGGAUUCAGUGCCAAUGCAUCAACAAAAAAGACAGCCAGAGUUAGUGGAAGGAAAUCUUCCUGUUUUUGUGUUUCCCACGGAAUUAAUAUUUUAUGCAGAUGACCAGUCAACACAUAAACAAGUGUUAACACUGUAUAAUCCCUAUGAAUUUGCCUUAAAGUUCAAAGUUCUGUGUACUACUCCAAAUAAGUAUGUUGUCGUUGAUGCUGCAGGUGCAGUAAAGCCUCAGUGUUGUGUGGAUAUUGUGGUUCGUCAUAGAGAUGUUCGAGCCUGUCACUAUGGUGUAAUAGACAAAUUCCGUCUCCAAGUUUCUGAGCAAAGCCAGAGGAAGGCUUUGGGAAGGAAAGAAGUUGUGGCCACUCUUCUCCCAUCUGCAAAAGAAGAACAAAAGGAAGAAGAGGAGAAAAGAAUAAAGGAACAUUUAGCCGAAAGUUUAUUUCUUGAGCAGUCAUUUCAACCAGAAAGCAGAGCUGUUUCUUCUGGACCUAGUUUGCUAACUGUCUUUCUGGGAGUGGUGUGCAUUGCAGCUCUGAUGCUCCCUACGCUGGGGGAUGUGGAAUCGCUGGUGCCUCUCUACCUCCACUUAAGUGUGAAUCAAAAAUUAGUGGCUGCUUAUAUUCUAGGUCUUAUCACAAUGGCUAUACUUAGAACAUGAGCAAAGAAUUCAAUUGACUUCUGAAGUAAAUUGAUCUUGAAAAUAUGAAUGUGGACUGCCUUUUAUCUCUAUUUCACUCCAUCAACAUGCUACAAACUAUUGAAUGAUUUAAAUUGCAAAUGCAUAAUAUAUAUUUUAAAUUACUUUAUAAUUUUAUUCAAAGGAGUGCAACAUAUUGUUACAGACAGCAAGGAUACUUCCAGGUGACACCUAGGAAAUUAUUUAAAGUUCUUUUUUAUAUCUAAAGCUAUCAUGCAACUCUGAUUAAAACAUGUUAUUUUCUCAUCUUUUUUUUUCCUAAUUUACUUUGAUUGCUAAGGCCAUGUACCCUUUCAAAGUUAAAGACCUUAAAGAGCAAACUGACCAGCCUAAAAUUAAAUCUAUUUCCCAACUGCCAUCAAUGUUCUAUAUGAAUCAUACCUUAUCUUCUAUCGUAAUCAGUUACCAUGGUGUUUCUAAAAUGAGUUUCACAGUUAGUGUGGAGAGUGUAAAAAGAACAUUGAAUAAUGAGGGUUUCUGUUAGUUCCAGGGGCUCAGAGGAAACAUAUUCAUUUCUCCUGGUGAACUGCAAUAUAAGCUGAGCUGUAGUCUGGACACCUAGCAUAGAAUUCUGGACGACCUCUGUUUGGUCCAAAACUACAAAAGGAGACAAGUAUUUGUUUAGUUGCUUCACUCUGACCUUCCCUCUGAAUAACAUCUAAUGUUAACAGGAGGGGGAGAAAUCACUUUGAUCUUUCUUCCCUGCUCCAUGCUUGAAUGAAAAUGAUUUAGCACAGAUGCUAGUUUAUAUAGGGUGAUUGCUCACCUUUAAACUCGAAGCCAAGUAUGGGAAAUCCUUGAUAUCUGUGUCUAUUUUAUAUCAGUAUCGCUGAGACAUUUUUUAAGUUUGUAUUUAUUAUUAAAACAACUUUACCAAAAAAAAAAGUCCCUGAAGCACAAUUCUACAUUUCUUUAUAGCCUCUUCUGAUCUCUAACAUAUAUAUGCAGUUUUAACUGUUUUGUCACAGUUACUGAUCUUUUGUCUUGGGAUUUUUAUCUGAGAUCACAAUGCAUUAAGAGUCUCUUGAAAAAUCGUCUUUCAGUUUUCUUACAAGAAAGAACUUAUGCACUGCUACUGUAGCAUUCUCAAGGAAUAUACAUCAGCAUAAAACAUACGCUUGAAGCUGGUCUUUGUAGGAAACAAUACUUUGCUUCUAAAAUAAAAGCUUUUAUGUAUACUCUUUCAUAGAAAAUCCUCAUUGCUUAAUGAUUUGGGAAGCAUAAAUCAUUAAAUGAAUUUUGUCUGUACAUUGUGUAAUGACUGAAAAGCACAUAAAUGUAAUCUAUUUUGAACUUUGUAAACACA